GUCGCUGGACUCAGUGCUUUUUGUGCUGAAGUUCAUACUGGCUGAUUUGGAGCUGAAUUCGAAUAUGCAUACCGACUACGACAGCCGCACUAUGGAGAAGGAUGCCAGACUGGCGCACGAUGCAGGCACAGAUAUUGAGAAUCUUAGCCAGAAGCCGCCAAAGAUGGCUUCGCUCAUGGCAAACAAGGAUCAUCCGCAACGCGACCUGCUUUUCAAGGCGAUUCACCCUGCGAGUUCUUUGGAGGCAUGGAUGGAAAAAGGCUUACGUCAUGUCGAAGACGACGAAGACGAGUGGCUGGAGGGAUUCGCAGUCUUGCCAACUGCAUACACGGGCUGCAAUAAGGAGAGCCUGCUUGUGUACGCCCCCGGGCCGCAGACGCAGGUCUACCCGGUUCCUUUGCAGAUUGCUGACAACGACGAAGGCAUCAAGACUGCCACGUGCAGAGCUUCGCAUGUGGAGUCCAUGUAA